AUGUCUGUCCCUGAGUCUCCAUCCAACAGGUCUUCCAUCCUGCGGAACGCCUUUGCUCAGCGCGCGGAGGCGGCCGGCUCUACUGAAUCCGUUUUCCUCAGGCGCAUGAGUCCUGGGGCAUCAUCCGUUCAGAUUUCGCCCCUCUCGGCUGCCGAUGAGGCUCACGAGCGUCGCCGCAACGCUCUUGCCAGCAUUGACAGUGCUCAAUUCGGCUGGCGCCAUGUGCGCGCGAUCAUCGUCGCCGGAAUCGGUUUCUUCACUGACGCGUAUGACAUCUUUGCUAUUAACCUUGUCGUCAGCAUGAUUGGUAUCGUCUUUUUCCCCAACGGUAAACUCCCUGUUAACGUCGACACUGCUGUAAAGGUCGCUACCUCUGGUGGCACUGUUUUGGGUCAGCUUUUCUUCGGAUGGCUUGCCGAUCGCAUUGGUCGCAAGCGCAUGUAUGGGUUUGAGUUGGUCAUCAUCAUUCUGGCAACUCUUGCUCAGGCUCUUUCUUCCUAUUCUCCUGCCAUCUCUAUCACUGGUCUCCUUGUUUUCUGGCGCGUCGUCAUGGGUGUCGGUAUUGGUGGUGACUAUCCCCUUUCCUCUGUGAUCACGUCCGAGUUCGCUACAACCAAGUGGCGCGGUGCCAUGAUGGGUGCUGUAUUUGCAAUGCAGGGUCUGGGUCAGUUCGCCGCUGCCAUCAUGGCUUUGAUCGUGACUGCCGGUUACAAGGAGAUCCUCCAGACUGCCAAAGAUGGUGGCCAUUGCACUGGCGAAUGCCGGGUUGCUGUAGAUAAGAUGUGGAGGAUUGUUAUUGGAAUCGGAGCUGUCCCUGCCUGCUUCGCUUUGUACUUCCGUCUCACCAUUCCGGAGACUCCUCGAUUCACAUUCGAUGUUACCAGGGAUCACGCCAAGGCCGAGUCGGAUGUUCGCGCCUACCUCAAGGGCCGCAGCGGUCACCCCAGUGGCUCUGAGCGAGUGACAGAGUUUUCCACCCAGAGUGAGGAAUUGCUCCCACCCAAAUCCAGUUUCUCUGACUUCUGUCGUCACUACUCCCAGUGGAAGAACAGCAAGGUGCUUCUGGGUACUGCCGCCUCGUGGUUUUUCCUUGACGUUGCAUUCUACGGUCUUGGUCUCAACAACUCUAUCAUCCUCUCGGCGAUUGGUUGGACCGGCGGACAUAACCUUUACGAAAUCUUUUAUCGCAACGCGGUCGGUAACAUUAUCUUGAUCUGUGCUGGUGCCAUCCCUGGCUACUGGGUGACUGUCGCGACCGUUGAUACUGUGGGACGGAAGCCAAUUCAGCUGAUGGGAUUCGCCAUUCUGACAAUUCUUUUCGUCGCAAUCGGAUUCGGCUACGAUCAACUGAAACACACCCAUAACGGUCUUCUCGGUCUGUAUGUUGUCGCCCAAUUCUUCUUUAACUUUGGUCCCAACGCUACCACAUUUAUCGUCCCGGGCGAGUGCUUCCCGACUCGCUACCGAUCCACUUCCCACGGUAUCAGUGCUGCGGCCGGUAAAAUUGGCGCCAUCAUUGCCCAGUGCGUCUUUGGACCACUUGCGCACCGCGGUGCGACGAAGUCGAACGAUUCUCCUUGGCUCAACCACGUUAUGGAGAUUUUCUCUCUGUUCAUGCUCUGUGGAUUUUUUUCCACAUUCUUGAUCCCAGAGACAAAGAGAAAGUCGCUGGAAGAGCUUGCUGGGGAGACGGACCCCCGCAUUGCCUUUCAACCCCCCAACGACGCGCCGGUCAAGGACGAGGAGGAGAUUGUGUCCACCACCUUCCCGGUGAUUUAG